ACGCUUCUCCCUUCCCAUCUUUUCCUUUCCCCUCCUCCCUCCUCGGCUCGUCUCUGUUCCCCUUUCCCUCCUGCGCACCCCGUCUUCUCCUCCCCGCGUCAAACCCCAGCACAAAAAGCAACCGCCCGCCGCCUCCUCGCUCCUCUCCCGAAUCAGCCGUCGAGGUGCCUAAUCCGGCCGAUCCCCCCUCCGAUCCGCGGGUGCCCGCCGCAGAGGCGGCGCCUCCGGGCCUCCCCCGAUGUAUAGCAACUUCAAGGAGCAGGCGAUCGAGUACGUCAAGCAGGCGGUCCAGGAGGACAAUGCCGGCAACUACGUCAAGGCGUUCCCUCUCUACAUGAACGCGCUCGAGUACUUCAAAACCCACCUCAAGUACGAGAAGAACCCCAAGAUCAAGGAGGCCAUCACCGCCAAGUUCACCGAGUACCUCCGCCGCGCCGAGGAGAUCCGGGCGGUCCUCGAUGAGGGCGGCGCAGGGCCUGGGGCCAACGGUGGCGACGCAGCUGUCGCCACGCGCCCCAAGACCAAGGGCAAGGACGGGGACGGAGGCAACGGAGGGGAUGACUCCGAGCAGUCCAAGCUGAGGGCGGGGCUCAACUCCGCCAUCAUCACCGAGAAGCCCAACAUUAAGUGGAACGACGUUGCCGGCCUCGAGAGCGCCAAGCAGGCACUGCAGGAGGCCGUUAUAUUGCCCGUCAAGUUCCCGCAGUUCUUCACGGGCAAGCGGAGGCCUUGGAGGGCGUUUCUUUUGUAUGGCCCCCCAGGAACAGGAAAGUCUUAUUUGGCAAAAGCUGUUGCAACCGAGGCUGAUUCAACGUUUUUCAGUAUAUCUUCUUCAGAUCUGGUUUCAAAGUGGAUGGGUGAAAGUGAGAAAUUAGUUGCAAAUCUGUUCCAAAUGGCUCGGGAAAAUGCCCCUUCCAUUAUCUUCAUUGAUGAAAUUGAUUCUUUAUGCGGUCAACGUGGAGAAGGCAAUGAAAGUGAAGCAUCUAGGAGAAUUAAGACUGAACUUCUUGUGCAAAUGCAGGGUGUUGGUCACAAUGAUGAUAAAGUUCUUGUUCUUGCUGCCACGAAUACGCCAUAUGCUCUGGACCAGGCUGUGCGGCGAAGAUUUGACAAGCGUAUCUACAUUCCGCUACCUGACUUGAAAGCAAGGCAACACAUGUUUAAGGUCCAUCUCGGGGAUACACCACACAGUUUAACUGAAAGUGAUUUCGAGAGCUUGGCCCGUCGGACAGACGGGUUUUCUGGUUCUGACGUUGCUGUCUGUGUUAAGGACGUGUUAUUUGAACCCGUGCGCAAAACGCAGGACGCCAUGUUCUUCUUCAAGGCGGACGGUGACAUGUGGAUGCCAUGUGGACCGAAGCAACCGGGCGCCGUGCAGACCACCAUGCAGGAGCUUGCAUCCAAAGGCCUCGCUGCGAAGGGCCAUUUUAUUAGAGAGGGUAUAUUCUGGAGGUGAUCUAAUUCUCUCGGGCGUUCUAUUUGAGGUAUUUACCUCCGCUAGAAUCUGCACAUCUCAGUAAUGGUUCAAAUUUUUUACGGUUUCCAUAUUAUAUCUACCACAAACUUCAGCAGUUCUGAAUGAUCUGCACGUUCUGUAUUUUUGAUUAGUUGCUUAGUAUAGUAACUACUCAGUAUAGCCAUCAUCUAUUUACUUAGUAUAUUAACUACUCAUGGUUACCAGCUAGAAAAAGCGAGCAAUGCAGGUAGGUUGCUGUGGUGGUAAUAAUAGCGACGUCUGGGUGUUGGUUCCUGACUGGUUUGGCUGGAUUCAUCGGUGCACGUGAUGGUGCUGCAGUUGCAGUACACAGAUGAGAUUGGGCUCUGGCUCAGCUAUGCACGCGUCGUGUGUCAGCUAGAAAACGACGGGACUCAUCGAUCGAUCGUCCAUCCAUGUCCACCAUGGGUGUUACUGACAUGUACUCUCCGACUCCGUUGCACAACGAACUGAUGAUCGAAAGGAGAAGAACUGAUGAUCGAAAGGAGAAGACGUAUACUACUACUCGUACGGUCUACACUAGACAGAAGCGUACGUGUCCGGCGUCGUCUUGCCUGCUCAAGUUUCUUUGGACGGACAUGCAUGCAUUUUGUCAGACCAACUGUGCGUAGAUAAGGUUAGGUCAUCCUUAUCAUCUCUCUCUCACACCAAGUUCAUGCCGUCUGCCGGCGCGCGCUUUAAUCGUGCCUAAUGCAUGCCUACGAGUAUAAAUACUAUAUACCGAGUAUUAUGUAUACAAAGAACUACUGUAACUUUAAUUGUAGCUAUCUCC